AUGUACCGCACUCAAUAUUCGCAAUAUCCGCCCAUAAACCAGAAUCGGCCUGGAAUCGCGUAUUCAAGCACGAUCCCUGGAUCGAGAACGCCAAAUGUAGUCGGCGCUGGCCCGCACCAAGCAACUGGACCGGUUGCGUUUCUCAGACAGGCGCAGAAUGGCCCGUAUGGCUUCUCCAGCAGCCUAUCGCAGCAGCAGACGCCGUCUUCAUCGUUGCAGCAACCCCAACUGCUCUCCUCGACCGCGCACGCCCAGGCCGCCAACGGUCAGCAGCUCCUCUCGGCCCAGACGAGCAGACCGCUUACGUCGACAAAAUCAGACGGCCAACAGCUCGAUCUAAACGAGUUUCCGGCACUGGGCGCGGCUGGGAGCAGCACGACGACGCCCGCGGCGGGAGGACUGAGUGCCGGGUCGGGAACGGCGGUAAAUGCGACGAAUUCAAGUGCUUCGUACGCUGCACAGGCUCAACAUCAUUCCUCAUCGUCGUCGGCGCAGGGUCCUGCUCAGCCGCUGGGAGGAAACGGUGUCGCGCGUGACUUUACGAAUCCAGAUGACUUUCCGGCCUUGGGUGGUCCCUCGACAGCACACGACGCGCAAUUACAGCCUCCAGGUCUCAAUGGUUAUCAGGCACAACAGCAGCCAAUCUCAAUAUUGCGAAACCCGAUGCUCCAGGGAGACGACAAACGACAAGUUUUUGGUUUGAAACAGAAUCCAUCGACGCCCUCGAGUUGGAAUCUUCAUACCAGCCCAGCAGUCUAUGGCUCUGCCACAAACGGACACUCGCAGCAGCAGACUCUAGCAAAUCCGCAACAUCUCGCUCAACAGCAACAGCAGCAGCAGCAACAACUAGCACAAGCAGCGUCUGGAGCACAGCAGCCAGACGAUGCGCUCUCAUUAGCCCCGACAUCAACAACCAAUCAACAGCAGCUCGUACAACCGCAUACACCGGCAGAUCAGGUCCUACACUCUGCUGCGGAUCGUUGGGGUUUGCUCGCGUUGGUACGGGCACUGAGACAGCAAACAGACGAUGUCCUUUCGAGCGGGCAAGACCUUGGGUUGCUUGGAAUGGAACUGGAUAAUCCAGGGAGCCUGUAUCCAAAAUUCGCGACCCCGUGGGCAGAUUACAUGUCAGUAGAGCCGACAACAGAGCCAAAUUAUCAUCUACCGUCAUGUUACAACGUCGCCCCUCCGCCACCAAAUCCAAAAAAGGCAGCUCAAUUCAGCGACGAGACCUUGUUCUUUACAUUCUACUCCAUGCCGAGAGAUCUGUUCCAAGAUAUUGCGGCUCAGGAACUGUAUAACCGCAAGUGGAGAUAUCACAAGACUCAAAGGCUAUGGAUCCAUAUGGACGGCGUCAACCCCGAGUCGCUGCGACCAGGUGCAGAACCUGCUCUGUUCACCAUCUGGGACGUAGAAGCAUGGGAACGACAGCCACGAAUGCUGCGCUUUGACGUUCGUGAGCUGGAAAACCGCGAUCAGGCAAAUGCCGCUUCGAAUCCAUCUGCACAGUCGAAUGCAGCCGAACGACCGACACAAGGUGGCCCGAUAGGCAUCCAGCAGGCGGCGGCGGCGCAACGACAGCAAUUCGCUCAACCGAUGCAGCAACAUCUGAGAGUAUGA